UUCCCUCCCGACGGAAACGUCAACUGUCGGAGACGUCGCUCGCUGCUGCCCGGUGGGUGUUUGGAGAAUCAUGGCGUCGGGAACAGGGGAGCCGUCCAGCGGACACGAUGCCGAGUUGGACGAAUUGUUGGACAGCGCCCUGGAUGACUUUGACAAGACGCCCGCCCCUCCAGCCCCCGAACCUGCAGCCGCCGCCUCCUCCUCAGCCGCCGGCGGCGCAGAGAAGCCCCCUCUGCUUGAGGACAGCAAACUCUUUGAGACUCUCUUUGAGGGGGACAUGGCCACCCAAGCCAGGGAGGAGUGGGAGAAGGCCAUGACUGAGCUGGCCCACGAGGAGCCCGAGUUACUGCAGCACUUCCAUAAACUGUCGGAGGCCGCGGGCAAAGUUGGCACCGACACCGCCUCCCAGCAGGAAUUCACUUCCUGCCUCAAAGACACCCUGCGUGGCCUGGCCAAAAAUGCAGACAACCUGCAGUCCUCGGGGCUCGCCGGGGACGACCUCGUCAAGGCUCUGGAGGGCCUGGGAUUGGAGGAGGGCGGCGAGGGAGGAGGCGGCGGCGGCGACGACGGGAACAUCCUCCCGGUCAUGCAGUCCAUCAUGCAGAACCUCCUCUCCAAAGAAGUGCUCUACCCCUCCCUCAAAGAGAUCACCGCCAAGUACCCAGAGUGGCUGGAGGACAACAAGGCGAGCCUCAGCCCGGAGGACUUCCAGCGCUACGAGCAGCAGGCCCAAAUCAUGGGAGAAAUCUGCAAGAGCUUUGAGAACGAGGAACCGGGGGCGGAGGAUAAAGAAGGAAAGUUUGAGAGCAUCAUGGAGCUGAUGCAGAAGCUUCAGGACCUGGGCCAGCCGCCCAAAGAGCUCGCCGGCGACGCGCCUCCAGGCUUCAACUUCGACAUGGAGUCCCUCAAUCUCCCCGGAGGCCCCGGGGGGGCCGGGGCGGGCGAGCAGUGCUCCGUCAUGUGAUGAGGCGGCGGUGCGGCCCAAUCAGAAGCACCGGAACCAACGGGUCCCUCCGUGUGCGCCGGACGACCAGAAGGGAGGGGGAAGAAAGGGGGGGGGGGUUGUGAGGCAAAAGUCAGGCAGGAGAGCGACCGGACCGCUCGACACCGUUCUCCCUCAAGGAGACACACACACACACACACACACACACACA